AUGCUUGGACUCUGUCAAGGUGCGGUUUUUAUGUAUGGUACUCACGGUAGCAUUGGCAAGCAGCUCUCUUUCCUGUUUGCUAUCAACGUUGAUGAAAUCGACAUCGUAUUGCGACAAGGGACUCAGUCCGCUCACAAUCACAAGUUCACGUUCUUCCAGGCCGAUCAGCACCGACUGUUCCCAAACCACGCCGUUCACAACCACCAGAAGCUGGUCGAUGUAGACGUUUCGCAGCUCAAAAGCAACCGCUGUUUCGCCAGUGUACCAGAUGAAGCACUGCGUGGUAUCCACCAGCGAGCGUUUCCAGCCGUCAGGAGACCUGCUGGUCAUGACCAAUGCGUUGUGUUGGUAGUACUCUCCCGAGUAGAGGUCUGGACGGCCAAACAUGGUUUUUGCGGCCGAAACAAACGACCAAAUCGGCUGCUGGAUGCGGCUGGUCAUGUUCUUCAUCUUUCGCUCCACAAAAGGGUUGAUUUUGGACUUGGGGAUGUCGCCAUUGGGAGUCGCGACAGAAAUCGUUGGCUGAGAGGCCGUGCUAAAGUUGAAGGACGGGAACAGGAACAAACGGCAGUAGUUUUCGAAAUUUUGGGCCACAACCAAACUGGCCGAGGAGACGUCGUUCAUGUUGAGGAUCUGGCGGUCCUGUGGGAACGAAGCCGGCGUGGAAUCCUCGGAUUCCUGGCCUGCUGGCUCUUCGGCAGAGAUGAACGACGGACGAAACAAGCCGGGGAUGGUGCUUCCAGCGAUGUGUGGAGAUACGCUGAUGGUCUUUGUUUCCGAGGAUUUAUGUGUAGUGGCCGCCGAGGGUGGUGGGAUUGGCUUGGAAGGUAA